AUGGCUUUCAGACCGCUGUUACGGCAGCGCGCCGCUGUCCCCGCCAUGGCCGCCCUCUCCGCCGCAGCAAUCUUCGCACCGGGAACCGUAUACGCAGAGGAGCGACCUGCGGACCACUUUAACCGCAAACCAAUCUACGAUGACAUGCCCAUCGAUACCACAGCUCCUACCGCUCCCUCCCUAGCCGAACCAUCAGACUCGUCUUCGUCCUCAGAGCCCACCUACCGCCCAACACCGACCGACCGCCUCGCAGUUCAGAUUGGCCGUGCGCGUAUGGCUCUGUACGAGCAAACCGUGCGUGGUGAAAAGGCCGUCGAUAACGCCCUUACCGAGACCCUCCGCCUCGAGCACUCCUUCACAAGCACCAUCCGCUCAUUAGCCCCACCAAGGGAAUCUGGCGAGAAGGUUCUCCCAGGCGCACUCUACGUCCUCGUCGCCUCAAUGGCAGGUUCCAUCAUCACGCGUAACCGGAACAUCCUGCUGCGAACCUCUGUCCCCGUCGCCGUCGGCAUUACCGCUGCGAACUUUGUACUGCCAAUCACCACCAAGAAUGUCGGAGACCUCAUCUGGACCUACGAAGAGCGAUACCCUGUCCUCGCAGACACGCAUUUACGAAUGAAGAGCAGGAUUUCGCAUUUUAUCGAGACAGGAAAGGCACACGCACAGGGAACUGUUGGCAUGGUCGAGGGCAAGCUGGCCGAUACGCGAGAGAACUUGGAGGGCUGGGUCAAGAAGGGCCGGUAA